CGCCAAUGCCCCCGUCGCGCGCAAAAUAUGGAGUAAAAAAAUUAAUCUCGACGGUCUGUUGAACGCUCGCCAGAACAACUCAACUUCCAGUUCGCCAGAAUCCCAAGCUUCGCCUUCAUCACUUUGCCGAAGCCGUACAAUCUACUCCUUCGAGUCGUGAAGGCACCUUUUUGCAGCCCAGCAGCCUCCUUAGCAGUCAAUCGAGUCGACCCGACCCAACCCAUCUCAACACCAAGUCAAGAUGUCUUCCUACAACAAGGACCAGAAGGAUUUCGGCGAGGCCCCCAAGGUCCACCGUGUCCGUAUCACCCUCACCUCCCGCAAGGUCCAGGCUCUUGAGAAGGUCUGCUCCGAGCUCGUUGAGCGCGCCAAGACUAAGGACCUGCGCGUCAAGGGCCCCGUCCGCCUUCCCACCAAGAUCCUCAAGAUCACCACCCGCAAGUCCCCCUGCGGUGAGGGUUCCAAGACCUGGGAUCUCUUCGAGAUGCGCAUCCACAAGCGCCUCAUCGACUUGACCGCCCCCACCGAGAUCGUCAAGCAGAUCAUUGUCAACAUCGAGGCCGGUGUCGAGGUUGAGGUCACCAUUGCUGCUUAAGUUUGGCUUUGACUGGCCAAGGCAAGGGGGCAAGAAGCUGCUGCGAAAGCACGGUUCCAUGUACCCGAACCGAACCCGACCAGGGGAAUGGAAAAACAAUACAAAAAACAAUUGGAAAAAAGAACAAUUGCCUCAAGGGGCUUUGUGCUGUGGUGGGUCGUUGGGCUGGUGAAAUAGUGCAAUGAUCCAUCGUUUCCUUUCCCUGGAUUUUUUGGUCUGUUCCUCUUGUGCUUUUUCCUGUGAUGGUGAUGUGAUCCUGCGUAUUAAAGAUUGGAGAUGAUCGCAUGAGGAGGAAGAUGGCGUGGGGGAUAGUUGAACUUCUGGGUUCUUAGGAUGGUGGUAUCACCUCGACUUAUUCAUGCCUAUGGAAGGCAGAAAAGGAAGACCGCACACGGGAAAAAGGGCGCAGUCCAAGUCGUGGAGGAAGAUGGUCAACUGUUGAACACUUCGAAACAACGACUGUGGUUUCCGGGCUAGAGAACCAAUACCACCGCAGACACGGGACGAUACUGCGUCACACACAGGUCAUGACGUUGCGAAACAUAUUCAACUAGACACCCCUGAACGGCGAAAAACACAGAUGACCAAGAUUCUAGAGUUCUUCGUGUUCCUUGAUUUGGUAUCAAACCUCGUAAUAUAUACAGUAGUCUACAUACGCCUCGCUCCCAAGAGGUCAUUACACAUCAUACAGCUUCCGAUCACCCUAUCUUCUCGCCCGGCUUUAUGCGUUCCAGUUCACCGUGCCCAAUUGCUCCUUAGGCUGGCGCGAAGGACCCUCAUUCUGAGCCUCCUCGGGCUUCCCGGCCCCCUCGACCUUGGGAACCUCUUCGACCUUGGGAGUCUCCUCAACCUUGGGAGUCUCCUCAACCUUG